GGUAGUAGUAGUGGUGGUGGUAGUAAAGGAGGUUCCCGUAGUAGUAGCUCAGGUAGCUCUGGUAGUGGCUAUGGUAGUGGUGGUGGCGGCUAUGGUGGUGGUGGUGGUGGGGGUGGCUAUGGAGGCGGUGGCGGAGGGUUUAUCAGCGGUGGUGGWGGAGGAGGAGKMGGUGGUGGUAUCAUACCGGCAGCCAUCCAGACCCGWCACUCGGUAGAGCUCCGACAGGUUAACCUACCGUCCGAACCCAUUCAACCGCAAACCGUAUUAGUCGAUGCCGGUGUCCUACCCUUGACCAUACUGUUCCGAUCGGCAUCCAGUAGUCUGAAUGUAUUGCAACAACAUCUGGGAGGACAGGGAGAUACCCAGUCGUCUCAAUCGGAGGACGAACCACAUCGACUCAUACACGAAGUAACCAAACCUAUCAUCCAAGAGGUUCGGGAAGUUAUUACACCCUUCCGACGGGUAACCCAAGAAAUACAGCCAGUUAUCGAAGAUAUCCAGACAAUAGUGGCCAGAGGUGACGGCCGAGGUCAGGGUUUCGGUGCCGGCGGCUAUGGAUUAGGCGGUGGUGGUGGCGUAGGCGGUGGUAUGGGUGCAGCUAUUGGCGGUGGUUACGGUGGUUUUAGCAGCGGUGGAUAUGGUGGUAGUGGUGGUGGGAGCAGCAGCAGCGGUAGUAGUAGUUUCGGGACUCAUGGCUAUGGAGGGAGCAGUGGCGGCGGCGGCUCAGGGAUUUCAAUCAUCGGCGGCGGUGGUGGCGGCAAAACAGGAGGAUAUGGAGGUUCCGGUGGUGGGAGAGGUGGCGGUAAGUCAUAUUCAAGCGGUGCAGCCUCGGGAGCAGCCAGUAGUGGAGCUGCAUCGGGAGCCGCCUCGGGAGCCGCUUCGGGAGCUGCCUCGGGAGCAGCCAGUAGUGGUGCCGCCGCCGCCUCCUCAUCAGGAGCUGCCAGUUCUCGGGCAGCCCGAGCUUAG